UGGCUAACGUUAAGCUAGCUUCACAAGUCAAAGUAUCAGCUCGCCGCCAGCAUUAUCGUUACAUAAUGAGCCACACUACAGAGAGACCUUAAAUCUCCUAAGAAGUCCUAAUUGAAGUAACUUACUGGCUAAAACAAGGACUUUUGAGGAAGCUUGGUGUUUUCAAGGCGGCAGUGUGUACGGGACCCGACGUGACGCGGCACAGUGGGACUGGCUUUCCUCCACUCUGCCUGCAUUCAUAAACGGAUAUGAUAAACGAGCGCUGAAUAUACCGGAGCAGCGACAACAGUCAGGUCUGACCAUGGCGGAAGAGGACGACGCGAGGAUCCGUAUUUUACAGAGCCUGCGGGGUAAAAUAUGUGAAGCUAAGAACCUAGGUCCAGUCUCAGGCCCAAAUCGACAAAGGGAUCUCUGCACCUUUUCCACUGUAAGUCUGGAUCAGGAGGAGGUGUUCCGUACCAAGGUGUUUGACAAAAGCGGCAGCCCUUUCUAUGGAGAGGACUUCUACUUUGAGAUCCCACGUCCAUUUCAGUGUUUAUCCUUCUACGUUUAUGCCAAGAGUGUUUUCCAAAGAGACCUACCCAUUGGCAAGGUGUCGAUCAGGAAGGAUGAUCUGUGUAAAUACAGUGGGAAGGAGCACUGGUUUAGCCUUCAGCCAGUAGAUCCUAACUCAGAAGUCCAGGGUAAGGUUCACUUGGAGAUGCGAUUGAAUGAAGUGAUCACAGAGAAUGGCUCAGUAGGUCAACACUUGCUAGUCCGGAUAAUAGAGUGCCAGGGACUGCCGCUGAUCAGCGGGCAGAACUGUGACCCGUAUGCCACCGUGUCCCUCGUUGGACCUGCCAGGUCUGACCAAAAGAAAACAAAGGUAAAGAAGAAAACCAGCAACCCACAUUUUGAAGAGACCUUCUUCUUCGAGGUCACACGGUCCAGCAGCUACUCUAAAAAGUCUCAUUUCCACGUGGAGGAGGAGGACAUUGAAAAACUUGAGAUCAAAGUUGAUUUGUGGAACAAUGAGAAUCUAGCACAGGAUGUGUUUCUGGGGGAGACGCGGGUCCCCGUCAAGAUCCUGCAAAGUGACCACAUCCACAAAGCCUGGUAUCUCCUCCAGCCCAAAGGGAACGGCAGCAAGUCCAAGUCUGAUGAUCUGGGUUCCUUGCGUUUGAAGCUAACCUACAUAGAAGACACGGUGCUGCCAUCUGCCUGCUACACACCACUCUGCAACCUGCUGCUCAAAUCCCCAGAUGUGAAGCCCAUCUCGGCGUCAGCAGCACACAUCUUGGGGGACAUCUGCAGAGAGCGAUAUGAGGCUGUUCUGCCGAUGGUUCGACUGCUGCUCCACCACAAUCGCUUUGUGCCUUUUGUCUCUGCUGUGGCAGCGCUAGAGCUGGACAACACUCAGGAGGCUAACACUAUAUUCCGUGGUAACUCACUGGCAACACGCUGCAUUGAUGACAUGAUGAAGAUUGUAGGAAAGAAUUACCUGGCGGUUACCCUGAAGCCUGUAAUAGAUGAGAUUUGUGAAUCCAACAAGACAUGUGAGAUAGACCCCAUAAAACUAAAGGAAGGUGACAACGUGGAGGUCAACAAGGAGAAUCUUCAGGGUUAUGUCCAGAAAGUCUUUUCCUCCAUCACCCAGUCCAGUUCCACAUGUCCCCCACUUAUGUGUGAUGUCUUCAGGUCACUGAGACACUUGGCCUGCAAACGCUUUCCAGCUGACCCACAUGUUCAGUACUCAGCUGUUAGCAGCUUCGUGUUCCUGCGGUUCUUUGCGGUCGCUGUGCUUUCUCCGCACUCCUUCCAACUCCGCUCCCACCAUCCUGAUCCUGAGAUUUCCCGCACACUUACACUCAUCUCAAAAACAAUCCAGACCCUGGGCAGCUGGGGCAGUUUGUCCAAAAAACUGUCUAGUUUCAAAGAAACCUACAUGUAUGAUUUCUUCAAAUCAUUCCAAGAGGACAAGUGCAUCGAAAAAGUUAAAAAGUUUCUUGAUGAGAUCUCCUCUAACGUCAGCAAGGAGUCCAGUGGGCUGGAGGAUGCGGUGGUUCUAAAGGAGGGGGAAGUACAGAAACGUGCCCAGGGGAGAAAACGCCUUGGCAAGAAAAACUUUAAGAAGAGGUGGCUCAGUGUGACCAACAGGGAGCUUUCCUACCGCAAACAUAAAGGGAAAGAGGCCCUCUGCAUCAUCAAUGUCAAAAAUAUCCAGGCAGUGGAGAAACUGGAUGAAAGUGCCUUUAACCGCAAAAACAUGUUUCAGGUGGUCCAUUCCGAGAAGCCUCUGUACGUGCAAGCUGGAAACUGUGUAGAGGCAAGCGAGUGGUUGGAGGUCCUGGGCCAGGUCAUUCGCUGCAACGAGGGACGCCUGGCCACCUUCCAUCCGUCAAAUUACACCAGUGGAGCCUGGCAGUGCUGCAAAAGCCAGAGUAGCAGCGCAGCAGGCUGUAAACCCUGCACAAUCACCGUGCUGGCGAACCUGCAGCUGGACAUAGACUGUGACCGGGAAACGGAGAGAAUUUUCUCCCUCCUCUCCUCAAACGACACCAAGCUCCAGGACAUGGAGGAUGCAUGUGCGAGUAUGGCAGUUUACCAGGGCCCUCAGCGGGAGCAGGAGGAAUACUCAAAGUUCACCAUUCAGGAACCCAAAGAGACCUUUCAGACACUCAAACAGCUCCGAAACGUCAUGGAGGAACUUCAGAGGCAACACAACAUCAGGAGUGACACCACAGCACAGUACGGGAGCCUGGACAACCCCAUAGUAGGGAAAACCUCUUAACCAGGGCGUGGAGGUGUGGCCUGAAACAGCCAUACCAGCAGGUGCCAGUACUACACAGAGAGCCUAAACUGUCCUAAAGGAGCCCUGGGGUCUGUCACCCAGCGGGGAACGCCCACUGUCUGUCCCGGUGAAGAACAAAUGAAUACACCCUGACCUCUAGGCAUCAUGAGUCCACUACAGUAGUGACAGCCUAAGAACGGGAACCAGGCUAGCUCUUGAGCUUUUCCAGGAUCUCUUCUUCUAAAUGAACAAAUCCCUUAGGUGUUGUUUUCUUUGGCAGUACGUCGCCUCCCUUCCUCUGCUUUGCAGGCCCCUUUUAUAAAGAGACGUUUUUCCUAGUCUUAAUUUAUGUCCUUUUUUUACGUCCACAUUUCUGUGAAAAAGGCAUCAUUAGAUGGUGUGUGAAUAGGCUGCUAAUUAUUUUUAUUCACCCAGUUUUAUAUCAACAGCUGUGAUGAUGCUCUCCCAAAUUUUUUUUGAGGUUUUGCGCUGACAUCUGUCUUUCAAGUUGAUUGAUUUUAAUCAUCUCUCUGGAGGAUUGUCCUCUAUGUGUGUCCCUCUUAUCUUUCUCUACUCGUUUAGUGUCCUUCCUCUUCUGAACAAAUGUUAAGUAUAUAUUUUUUCAGAGGACAGUUGAGUAGAUGAAACCAAUAUGCCUUACUUUGAUGGAUGUUUCUUUCACAUUAAAUGCUGAGGGAAUAAUGCAGAAGCACUUUAAAUAUUUGGAGCACUCCAAAUGGAAAUGAUUAGAUACUUGGUAUCGGCUUUCCCCAUUUUGAUCAGUUACAUGAUCUUGAGUACAUUUUGUUUUGUUUCAUUCCUGUACAAUGACAUUUAUAGCCUGUAGAUUUUAAAAUAUUUUCCUCAACCAAAGACGAUUUCAUAGGUUUGACUUGAAAAAAGAAUUAUGUAUUUUGAAUACAAAUGUUUUAAAAAUGGAAACAAAUUAUAUGUGUGUGUGUGUGUGUGUGUGUGUGUGUGUGUGUGGUUUCAUAUCAUUUACUUUUUAGUGACUUAAGGCAAGCAGACUGCAUGCGUUUUGAGUCCUGAUAGCACAUGAUUGUGGUGUAGAGUUAUAUUUCCCUGUGAUUGUGAAUCGUAUUGGUACGGUGUACAUCAGAUCUGUGUUGUCAUGUUCAGAGCAUCGCAACAUCUAUAGUGGCUUAUGUAAGAACUGAUGGAGAAGAGUCGAUCAGAAUAACAAUAAAUCUAACUAAAUUAAUCCAGACAAUCGCAGCAAUCAACAAACACCUUUAUUCUUUUUUUUCUUCUUCCAACCAGCAGCACUCGGCAGCUCCAGCUGUUGGACCUGAUGGUUUUAGAGAAUGUGGUUUAAAGUUUCCCACAGCUGUUAGGUGUAGCUCUCCACUGCCAGAACAGUCAAGAAAAGUCUGUGUAUUAAAUUAUUAAACAAGUUUUAAUAGAUCAAUCAUUGAUAAUGAUAAAACACAUUAUUACACUCAUAUCACACAUUUUUAUCAGAAGGUAGUAGGGCUGCAUCUGAUCAAUACAGUAAUAGAAAGUAGUAUAUAUUAAAAAAAUAAAUAAAAUUAUAAAUGCUUAUCUCAAGUUAUCAGAGCAGAACACAAAUUUACAUUUUCAGUUUAUGAUAUAAAACUGAUACAAGCAACCAAAUCCUCACAAUUUAAACUACUCACCAGCAAAUUUUAAAUUAUUUUGCUGUCAGUAGACUUAUCGGUUAAUCCGAGAAAUCUGAUGAACAGUCAGACUUUGAUUCAAUCCUGGUUUUGUCUUUUUGUUUUUAGCCCAUUUGAACAAUGAAGUGUUGAAAAGAUACAAAAGAAACUUGAAUUUAUUUUAACAAAAGUUGAACAUUUUAACGCUGACAAUGCAGCGUUAAGUGUAUUUUUCUUUGUGUGUGGAAAUAAGUUGUUUUCAGAAGUUGUGUCUUUGGUCCUUCAUAUGUUUCUAACAUGCAUGUCUUGUGUAUUUAACAAUAUAUUUUUCUAGUAAAGGUUUGUUUGUUUGGUUUUUUUUUUUAAACACUGAUUUAAUGUGUUGCUAUAUUGGUAUGGUACCUUGUUCUUUGUCCGCUUUUGUUUGUAUCCCUGAGUUGUUCCCUUCACAGACUGUAUGUGGUUGUAGAUGCUGCCAAACCUCCAUUUGUUGAUAGGUUGAUGCAGUGUCACUGAAGUGAAUAUGUGUAAUGUCCCACCAGCUGCAGCUGGCUCUGUGUUCACAUGCACGCUGUAAGUGAAUGAACUGUCUAAUCAGAGCCAAAAUACAAUUGUAUAAAAUUAUUGAUUUUCAGAAAUUGAUCAUUGGAUCAACUUUCUCUCUGCUUGUGAAAGUUUUUCAGAAAAAAAAAAUAGUCGGGCCAAAUUUCCAAAACAAUAUGUGGGAUUAAAUCUUAACUAAUCAAAGCAUAAAGUUGUUUUCUAUACUUUUAUUAGCUUGCAUGUCAACUCCAUUGCUAGUUUUAAUAAAGGCCAGUAAACUGGCAGUUAAUGUUCUCUGGUAGUGCGCUCACUUUCGUAUGAAGAUGAAUAUAUUUUGGUUUAUUUGCUUCUAAUAAGGGAAUUUUCUCGAUUUGUUAUUUCUUGUCCGCACAUUAUCCUAAAACAAAAAUAGUUCUUGUCAUGAUGUGGAAACGCAUGCAGUGUUGGACUGUGGCCAGUUUCAUAUUGUAAUUUUACCAAACUGAAAGGGACACGUUCAUAUGUGCUUUGAAAUAUCAUAUGAAUCACAUCAAUCAAGGUAGUAGCCAGCUUGUACAUCUAACGUGUGUUUCAUAGCUUUUCAUUUUAAUUACGGAAAUGACAAAAGUCCAGGUUUAUGAAAGAACAAGAAAUUGAUUUCAGUUUACUCUCUACGGGAAUAAAAUUUCAAAACAAUGUUUUCUUUUCAGUGUGUGCUAUAAGAGACUAGAUCGAUAAACACUCUGUGUGGAGGCUUCAUGGGCUGCUGUUCAGUGCUGCAGACACAUCUGUCACUUCUUCUGAAUGUCUCCAUACUGUUUUAGUACUGUUUUAACAGUUGUCUUCAUUUUUAUACACAUUAAAUAUUUUAUUUUCCAUACAUGGUCUUUUCUGUGUCCAUUUGAAACAAUUUACAAUAAACACUUUGCCAAUG